AUGGCAAUCGGCUCUGAAAGCUCACCAGUGCCAGCAGAUUUCGAGGAUUGUGAAUGUUGGGGGUCCCUUCGCCCUGCCGGUGCGCGGGAGCGCAAAACGCGCCCCCACACGCGUCUGCGGGUUUUGCAAACCGUGUCCUUUGCGCCAGCUUUCUACGGCGAGGUUCCUCCCGCCGUUCACCUGCUUCCUUUGCUUCUGCACGCAGAGUGUGCCUCGGCGGAGGGCUGUUACUGCGCGUCUCGGAGCGGAAGCGUGCAGGUGCUGCUGCACAUGGCCACUGUGAGGUAUGCCCGGAGGCCCAGGCGAAUGGACAAGUGCCAGCCACUGACGCACGGUCAGGUCGCCUUGCGCGAGGAAGCUCUGUAUCCGGCAGGUGAUAUAGGCCGGGAGUCCGGCAGCCACCAGGUGCUCGGCCACAAGCAUGUGCCGAUGAUGUUGCUGGAUGCCAUCUCGGGCGCUGUACUGCUGGCCUUCAUGAUGGGCACUCUGCUGCUGCGAGACCUGAGGCUGUGGUGCAAAAUGUUCUUUAGCAACGGGAUGCUCUUCGUCUUGAAAGGCAUCUUUGAUUGGGUCACCAUCAUUCCCGACUCUAUCGGCUGGCACGAGUGCGAACGCAGGCUAAAGCCCGAGCCCUUGGAAUAUCUCCGCAAGAUGGCCACCUUGGACGGCUCCAAGUACGCCAUGGCGCUCUGGGAGCUCGAAACGCAGGGCGUGGCAGGGAUUUGGCCGGUGAGAUACUGCUCGGACAUGCUCUUGAGUGGCCACACCGCGGUGAUGCUCCUGUACCUCCUGGGUUUGUCCGACUUAGUUCGGCGCACCACCCUUCUGAUGGACACGACGCCCCGAGAUUCAUUUUGCGGAUUCUCAUUGGCUUCUUCGCUUUGGUUUGUGCGUGCGCUGACCUGUACCUGA